AUGGAGCCGUUCUCUCCCCUGCGACCUUUCCCUUCCCCCGCUGUCGCCGGAGUGCGGUCGCCGGCGGGGAGCAGAGCUCUUACGGCUCGGAGGCUCUUCCGUUCACCAGUGUCUGGUCCGGUCCAUUCACGACCACCAGAGCGGCAGCGACCGAGAGAGUUGGUCACUGGACCUUCUCUCGUUGGAUGUGAGACAUCUGGUGCGAUCCUAGCCAUUAGCGCGGGAUCUGGAGGUCGUCUCCAUGGCAGGCGGGACCCAGCGCGUGGAGAGGAUGAGGAUAUUGAGGAAUUUUUUGGACAGCUGUGGGUAAUUCCUUCUCCACGAGUUCGGCGUCCUAGGGUUGUAGCCUCGCGCCGACGGGCUCUCCCUGUGUGGAUCCGGCGAGAUCUGGUCGCCACCCGCCGAUUCACGGCGGAGGAGUGUUUUCCAGCCAGUAGUUCUGAUCUGUUUAUCCAUCAGGCCAGGGAAUUCAGUUUCUCUGCUGAUUUCUGGAGCCAUACUCACGGCAGGGUCACCUACGCUGAGGUCGCGCGCCGUCAGAUGUAUGGAGGUGGAGCACGUCCGCAGGGGGGUGGAGGUCAGGGACGGGGCGGUGCCCAGCCCCGGCCUCAAGGUGGAGGCACGGCUACGUUUAAUCGGGGCGGAGGUCAGGUGAGGAGGUUUAAUCCUCGCCCUGACGGGAAUCAGGCCAGGCGAGGGGGCGCUCAGGGCGGUGGUGGUCGUCCUCAGGCUCCACCUCCGGCAGCACUUGGGGGUGGUGGUGGUCGUCCUCAGGCUCCACCUCCACCACCACCUCCACCUCGUCCUCCGCGCAUUCCAGGGGCUGCUCAAGCUGCUGCUACUGUGGGUGGUCAGCCAAUGGAGCUCCGCUAUAGAAACGUCGUCUGCUACAAUUGCGGUGAGCCAGGUCACUAUGUAGGAAAUUGUAUCAAGGAGAAGGUUUGCUUCAUGUGUGGAAUCCCUGGGCACCAUAUGAACAAUUGUGGUCUGCGGGGUAAACCAAUUCCGAUGGCGCAGUACGUGGGCAGUGCAAAUAGUGGCUUAGGUUUUUUCCAUGUCAAUGUGGUGGAAAAGCAAGCAUGUGAGUGGCUGAAUCUGAAGAAUUGUGGUCUGAUUGUGGUUACUCAUGGGGAGAUCUCUCUGAAGGAGUUAGAAGCAAAGAUGUGUGAGGCGUGGGAUGCCACCUGGCCUUGGCAAGUGCGUCAGUUAGAAGAUCGAAAGUUCCUGGUUCGUUUUCCUCCACACAAAAAAGUUAUGGAUCUGAUUGACAUUCCUUCCAUAAAUCUGAAAGAAGGGAAUGAUACUGAAAGGGUCACAGUGAAGAUUAUUGGAUGGGAAGGCGACAUUUCUGAUGUUGGUCAGCUUGCGGAAUGCUGGGUGCAGAUUCGGGGAAUUCCACCAAGAUGGGUGUCAUUGGAUGUGAUUGCUCAGAUCGCUAAGACCUUGGGCCUGCUUCUUGAUGUUGACUGGGGUAAAAUCUUCAAAUCCUUCUAUGAGGUGGUUCGAAUCCAGUUGGCUGUGAAGAGUGUUGAGAAGAUUCCUGAAGAAAGGAUCUAUGUGAUGAAAAAGAAAUUCUACUGGUUGGCUUUUGAGGUUGAACGAGAUGGAGCUGGUGGUGGUAAUAGCAAUAAUGAUGAUGACAAUAAUGAUAAAGGAAAUGCAGAUGGGGAUAUGGAUGGUGAGCAAGAAGGUUUCGAUGGACUUGAAGAUCUGAAUGAGAUGCAAGAUGACAAUACUCAUACUCCAGGGGCUCAGUUGGGAUCUAUGCCACCUUCUCAAGUCACAAAAUAUGGUGCCAAAACUUGCCCUGUGAUUCAUGUUGCUCAAUCCAAUAGUUUUCAGCCCUUGGUUGAUUUUGGUUUGUUGGAUGAGGAAGAGGUGGAUGAGGAAUUUGUUGUGGAUGAGAUGGAAGGAGUUACUGCUGCUAUUAAUGGAGUGACUUUGGAAGAAACAGAGCUUGGAGUCGAGAAGGGACAACAGGAGGAAAUUGAAAAAGCAUGCGAGAAUAAGGAUGAAGAUAUUGCAAAGGGUCAAAUGUCAGCAGCAGCUCAAUGUGAACAUGUGAAGGAAACCCUGGAGCCAACACCAGGGGAGGCAGAAAUGAUGAAGAAGAUCAAACAAAACAAAUGGGGCCCUGUUUUUCCUGUAAGGCAGAGUGACAGAAUUAUCAGAGAUGGGAAAAGCGCUCUGGACAAAGCCAAGGAGCUGUUGGAGAAAAAGAAUCUUGAGAAACCUGCAUUUGCCGAGUAUCUGGCGGAGGAUUGCACGUCUGCUCAGGAAAUGGAUGCCUCUGUGCAAGGAGCGAUGGCAGGAGAAGAUAGAAGAUUGGUGCGUGGAGCUGGAGAAGAAAGCGCUGGAACUUCCCCAAAUCGAAUGGCGAUGAAAAGGAGGAGGAUUGGCACGAAGGUGAUCGGUCCAGGAACCCCAGAGGCGUACGGUGAUGUCAAGCUGAGAGCCUGAUCCACAAAGAAAGCAAAAACUGCCCAGCGGCACUAGUGGAAAACAGGCC